AGCUUCGUUUCCAAGCUGUUGAUUUCUGUAGGAGCCGAGCUGUGGUGGCGCGAGCUGACUUGUCGCAGCCAUUGUGUGUUGACGGAAACCGAGGCCCAGACUUCCAUUAGGAGGGGUCGCAAAACAGCACCUUUUUACCAGAUGACUGUCAGCGGAGAUUGAGCGCAGCCCACGGACGACUCUCCGCUCUGCCAUCUUGGCUGCGGCUCUCCGCCCCGAAGGCUGCGUUCUCACCUAUUCCUCCACAUCCGAAAGUAAUCACGGCUCGCACAUUGCCUGCAACUCUGUGCACGACCCCGAGGGAAGCGAGAUGGGCUCGAAGCGCAAAAUCUAACCGCACCGUAGCCAAGGGCGGGCGGCGGAGGAUUUAUUGCUGUUUGUACCUGAGCGGACGAGGGGCGCCGGGGAAAUGGACCUGUUUGGAAUCUAUUUGUUCCUCUCACUCGCUCUACUGCCUCGAUCGAGCGGCACGACGGCCAAGGAGAUCAUCUGCCAAGAGAUAGCGGUGCCGCUGUGCAAGGGGAUCGGCUACAACUACACGUACAUGCCCAACCAGUUCAACCACGAUACGCAGGACGAGGCGGGACUGGAGGUUCACCAGUUUUGGCCUCUGGUUGAAAUCCAGUGCUCGCCGGACCUGAAGUUCUUCCUGUGCAGCAUGUACACACCGAUCUGUCUGGAAGACUACAAAAAACCCCUUCCGCCGUGUCGGAGCGUGUGCGAGCGCGCGCGGGCGGGUUGUGCGCCUCUCAUGAGGCAGUACGGCUUCCCCUGGCCGGACCGCAUGAAGUGUGACUUGCUGCCGGUGCAGGGCAACCCCGAGACCCUGUGCAUGGACUAUAACCGAACCGACUCCACCACGGCCUCCCCCGUCCUGUCAAAACCCACCGUGCACCCGCGCGAGGCUGCUGGCAGACCCGGUACGUCUGGAAAACACAAGCCGCCGUCUGCUGCGUGCGAGCCCGGGUGCACGUGCCUAGAGCCCAUGGUGCCGGUAAACACGGGACGCCACCCGCUCUACAAUCGGGUCAAAACGGGACACAUUACAAACUGUGCCAUGCCGUGCCACAACCCCUAUUUCACGCACGACGAAAGAGCGUUCACCGCGUUUUGGAUCGGACUUUGGUCCGUUCUGUGCUUCGUGUCCACCUUUGCCACAGUGGCCACUUUCCUCAUCGACAUGGAGCGCUUCAAAUAUCCAGAGAGACCCAUCAUCUUCCUCUCCGCCUGUUACAUGUUUGUUUCCAUCGGAUACAUUGUCCGGCUGAUCGCCGGACACGAGAAGGUGGCGUGCAGCCGGGACUUCGACCUGGAGCACAUCCACUAUGAGACCACCGGCCCCGCGCUGUGCACCGUCGUGUUCCUGCUCAUCUACUUUUUCGGCAUGGCCAGUUCCAUCUGGUGGGUCAUCCUGUCCCUCACGUGGUUCCUCGCAGCCGGCAUGAAGUGGGGGAACGAAGCAAUCGCUAGUUACUCCCAGUACUUCCACCUGGCCGCCUGGCUCAUCCCCAGCAUGAAGUCCAUUGCCGUCCUGGCGCUCAGCUCUGUCGAUGGAGACUCGGUUGCUGGCAUCUGCUACGUGGGGAACCAGAAUUUGGACAACCUGCGGGGCUUUGUUGUAGCCCCUCUGGUGAUUUAUCUGUUCAUAGGCACUAUGUUCCUCCUUGCUGGAUUUGUGUCCCUGUUCCGGAUCCGCAGCGUCAUCAAGCAAGGUGGCACCAAAACUGAUAAACUAGAAAAGCUGAUGAUUCGAAUCGGCAUCUUCACAGUGCUCUACACGGUGCCAGCAACUAUUAUAGUGGCCUGCUACUUUUAUGAGCAGCACAACAGACAGAGCUGGGAGAUCACACACAACUGCUCCAACUGUUUAUUAGAGCACGACCGCAGGAGUCCGGAUUAUGCCGUUUUUAUGUUGAAGUACUUCAUGUGCCUUCUGGUGGGCAUCACGUCCGGGGUGUGGAUCUGGUCUGGUAAAACGCUGGACUCUUGGAGGACCUUCUGCACCAGGUGCUGCUGGGGCAGUAAAGGCACCAGCGGCUCCAUGUACAGCGACGCCAGCACCGGGCUGACUUGGAGGUCAGGCACGGCCAGCUCGGUGUCCUGCCCAAAGCAGAUGCCAUUGUCCCAGGUUUGAAUGGGGAACAAAGACACCUUAUGAAUACUGCUAAUUGUUUGAGGAAUCCCAUCACUCCCUGUGUUACGACAUUAGCAUAGUAAUGAAAUGGUUCUGACCCCCACCCCGCGCGCACACACACCUCCCUGCUCCAAAUCACUGGGAUGUUGAAACGAUCUACCUGGUUUUUACACAUGUUGAUUCUUCAUAUGUAUUAGAGGUUCAGACAAGCAGCCAUAGACUGUUGCUGACAGAAGGAGCUGAGUUCCUAAUGGAGCAGUUCGGCUUUCGUUUUACCAUUUCGUCUACAUAUUGCCAGAAAAUAUUGUAUGAUCCAAUCACAUCAAAGGUAGUUUUAAAUAAGCCUUAAUUGUGCCCAUGCAUUUUACAGGUUAAUAAUUUUGUAAUUUCAAAUGUAUUUAUAUAAUAAAAAGCCUUGUAAAAUAUGUAUAUUUGUGAGUAAAGGAAAGAAGUUUAUAAGUUACUGUAAAUUUGUACAAAGUGUAGAUGUCUCUUUUUGUGAGAAAGUAAACAUGAACUUUAUUUUGACAAUAAAACAUUUGAUAAAUUA